UACCACAUCUGCAUAAUUAGAGACUUCUUAUUUUAGCCUGCACGACAUUAAAAGCCAUCGCCGUCCUGUGCCUGUGAGAGGGACGGACUCAAACCAGGACUUUCCCCCCCUGAGUCAUUUCGAAAUAAUGUGGGUGGGUCUGCGAGAGGCUUUUUAAGAGCCUGGCACCGACGAUGCACAGAUGUGGGAAUGACUGAGGGAGUGUGUGGGUGCUGACGGGAAUCUGGACAAAACAUCUCGACUGUUUAGGGAAAAGUUAAGGAAGCAGCCCAGUUUACGAAGGAGAGAAGGGGUUAAACAGAAGAAAAGAAGACCGCUUAUAUUUCUGAACAGUCAUCUGCCACAGGACCCCAUGGAUCUAGGACAGUAUAUAAUCCUCUGCAUUUGUGCUGUAAAUGCAGUUGUCUGGGGAUGUCCACAGAAAUGCCAGUGCAAAAACAACAAGACUUUGUGCAAGGGAUAUGAAAUGAAAGAUUUCCCUUCCACCAUUCCCUUAAAUACAAACGCUCUGGUCAUUACCAAAACUAACAUCACCUCACUGAAACCAGUUCAUUUUGAAGCCUUCUCUGAGACGCUUACAGUGUUGACAGUAUUGGAUUCAAGGAUAAGGGAGGUGCAACCUCACACCUUUGAUGAGACACACCACCUAAUCAACUUAACGCUUUCAGCAUCUGAGCUAUCUUCUCUACCAGAGGACCUGUUUCAGAAAUUGCAGUCACUGGAGAAUCUGAUUCUGAGCAACAACAAACUAAAUACACUCCCUUCAUCCCUGCUCGCUCCUCUUCAAGCCCUGAAAUUAUUGGACCUGAGGAAAAACGAGCUGAAAUCUAUUCCGGAGGAGGCUUUUCAGGGUCUGACUCACCUGGAGAACCUCGUGUUGCAGGAAAACAACAUCACGAACCUGCACUCUGGUACCUUCCGUGGACUUCGCAAGCUCAAGACCUUGUCCCUAAAACAGAACAAGCUGGAGGUGAUCCCAAGCAAUAUCUUUGAGCACCUGGAGAACCUUGAGUUCUUGCAUCUGCAGAACAACGUCAUCACACACUUACCUGCGGAACUUUUCGCACACCAACAGAAGCUCCAAAAGCUCUACCUCUCUAACAAUUUGCUAUCUGUCCUUCCUGAAGGUAUCUUCUUGAACAUGCCCAACCUACAGAAGAUCUCACUUUUUGAUAACCAGCUGCAGACACUGUCUCCCAACACCUUCGGUCCCAUGCCCCUGCUCGAGGAGCUGUGGCUGUAUGACAACAAUUUAACACGUCUUGAUGAAACCGUCUUCAGCAAUUUAACUCAUAUCAAACUUCUAGUGCUCAGCAGGAACCAGAUCUCGUACAUCUCUCCUGGUGCCUUCAGUGGAUUGAUCAAGCUGGAAGAAAUUUCUUUACAGACCAACCACCUGACAAGCCUCGAGGAAGGAGUAUUCAGAGGUCUUCCUAAUUUGGCCAAAAUAUCGCUGAGAAACAAUCAGAUUCAGCACCUUCCUGGGAAGCUUCUCGAUGGCCUUUCAUAUUUAAAGCAUCUGGAGCUUCAAAACAAUUCUCUACUCUAUUUAUCCGAGGAGCUUUUAGACUCGCUAACCAAUGCUACCAAUGUAGUGCUAUUUGAAAAUCUCUGGAGGUGCGACCGGGACAUUGUACCACUUCGAGACUGGCUAUCGAAGUACCAAGAUAAAGCAAAUAACGCCACAUCCAUCAAGUGCUUUAGUCCCUCCUGGCUGAUGAACAUCAGUAUUAUAAACCUUGAAAACCAUCACCUUCAAACAUCUACUGGUUCCACUAAUCCGUCUAAAAUUCCCCCCACUCCUCUACCUCAGAGUAGCACCACCGUACCUUCAGCUAACACCACAUCACUCUCAGAGAACAAAAACCACACCAGUGAUCAAUGGUGCACACACAUCAUCAUUAUUGCUGUGGUUUGCACUGCAGCUAUUGUGACUAUAAGCAUCUGUGUUAUAUGCUGGAGGAGGAACAAACGACGGGGCAGUCGAAAUAUAGAGCACUAAGCUUUCGAAGGUCUAAACUUUAAACCGUUUGAACUUUUUGUGUAAAUGCAAUCAAUUUUUUACCCCCCCCCCCCCCCAACCCGCAAUAUUCAAGCCUUGAUUCACUAAGAUCCCAAAGAACGAGCACCAAUAAAUAUAAGAUAAAAGAGUCACAUGAUCCACAUGUGAAUAUGAAAUGAUUGACAGCUGACAUUGUUGGUGUUUUUGAUAUGAAAUGACCCUCUGGAAACCCCAACACCUUUCUCCCUCACUGUUGAUCUCGGCUGUGUAUCAGGUGGUAGAGCGGGUCGUCCAUUAAUCGUAGGGUCGGCGGUUUGAUUCGCGGUCCACGUGACUCCACGUGCCGAAGUGUCCUUGGGCAAGACACUGAACACCGAGUUGCUCCCGAUGGCAAGUUAGCGCCUUGCAUGGCAGCUCUGCUAGCAUCGGUGUGUGAAUGACAACCAGUGGUCUAGCGACGCCCCUGUGUUCUUCCUAUCAGUAGUGGGUGUAAAUAGUUUUUUGAAAGUCCUCACAGAUAGACGAUUCCCAUAUCUUACAAACGCAAACAAUACAGCGGAGUAGUUUUUAUUAGAAAAACGAUUCUUUUAACAAGCAGCUGAAAUGUCCGGUUUGCUUAACUGACUUAUACUGUCUUGAUUUCAGUAUUUUUGUUUGUGUUAGUGUUUGGAUGAAUAUAAGUAGUGGGUUAUGUUGUGUACUUCCUGUUUGCUUUGUGUUGUUUUGUAAAAAAAAAAGUCAUUCUUCGGUUGUAAAAAGGAAUUCUUUGUAUUUCUGCUGCAGUGUACUGUGUAUGAUUGUAUGAUAGCUUUUCCUCCUUCAUCCUGACACUCCGACGUUGGUUGGUAAAAGUUCUUUUCUGUUUCUCAGAUCAAAUAAAGGCUGGCGUUGCUGGUAGUUUAGUUCUCACGAGAGCACUUACAUGCUGUGUAAAACUUUCCUUUUCAGUCCGUGACCCCGGGUCACCAGCACGUGUGGUGUGAUUUGUCAUUUAACCGCUUCCCUUAUCGAGAUUUCGGUUUCAGUCAUCGUCCUCCACACACAUUUCAACAUUUUUUCCCCACGAGAUGCAACAUCACAGUGGCUUAGUGGUUAGCAUGAUUGCUUCACACCUCCAGGGUUGGGGUUUCGAAUCCCACCUCCGCCCUAUGUGCAUGAAGCUUGCUAGCAUGGAUCCUCUCCCAUGAUUUGAGGUUUCCACUGGGUUCUCCGGUUUCCUCCCGCAGUCCAAAGACAUGGCUUUCCAAAUUGUCCAUAGUGUGUGCCCUGCAAUGGGUUUGCACCCUAUCCAGGUGUCCUCCAGCUUGUGCCCUGAGUUCACUGAGACAGACCCUGUAUAGACUAAAAGCGGCGUGGGAAAUGGAUGGAUUCUUAAGUUGCGUGUUUUGAAUAUGUUACUUUAAGACAUUUUAAAUCUGACUGUUUAGCUUCUCACUAAGAUAGUAAGGAAUAAUGAUUAUUUUACUUGUUUAUUUUUUCAUUAAAAUAUUACCAUUACCAGUGUUUUAAUAAACAUGUUAAAAUGUUUAACAUGGCAUGUGGGACAUUUACCCAUUCAUCUUUACUCACUGAUUUAACCUGAUCAGAGUCACGGUUACACUGUAUAUACAAUUGUUUGCUUCAGUAUGUGAACAGUCAACAUACAGUUAUAUACGCUUGGUAAAUAUACAACCCCAAUUCCGAAAAAGUUGGGACAGGAUGGAAACUGCUAAUAAAACAAAGAGGAGUGAUUUGUAAAUGUACUCUGACUAGUAUUUAAACGAAUAAAAAAAUUUAAUAAAACGAUAUAAAGACGAGGUAUUUGAUGUUUUAUUUAAUCAUCUGCAUAGUUUUUUUUUUGAAGAUAAAUGUUUAUUUUGAAAUUGAUGCAUGCAACACGUUCCAGAAAAGUUGGGACAGGGGCGAUUUAGGACUAAUAGCGAUGUGAGAAGUUGAAAUAAGAAGGUGAUGUGAAACAGGUGAGGUAAUCGUCUAAUCAGAGUAUAUAAGGAGCCUCCAAAAAAAAGCCUAGUUCUUCAAGAGCGAGGACGGGUCGAGGCUCGGCGAUCUGCCAACUGAUGCGCCAGAGAAUAAUCCAACACUUUGAGAAGAACAUUCCCCAAAGAGACAUCGGUAGGAUUUGGGGUAUUUCAUCUUCUACAGUGCACAAUAUAAUUAAAAGAUGAAAGGAAUCCGGUUAAAUCUCGGUACGUAAAGGGCGAGGCCGAAAACCGCUUCUGAACGCGUGUGAUCUCCGUUCCCUCAGACGUCACUGUCUUAAAAACAGUCAUGAGUCUGUAAUGGAGAUCCUGACAUGGGCUCGGGAAUAUUUCUGUAAACCUUUGUCAGUCGACACCAUUCGCCGCUGCAUCCACAGAUGCAAGUUAAAGCUUUACUAUGCAAAGCAGAAGCCGUACAUCAACGCUGUCCAGAAGCAAUGUCUCUGAGGCCCUCUAGUGGCUGGCUGCAGAGCAGUUUUGUCAUUUUUACAAGUUGCCCUUAUGUUCCUCAAUAUUUUUCCUUAUGAUAAACGUGUUUUAUAGGAGAUAUGUGAUGAUAAAUUAAAGGGCGUGGUUGAUGAGGUGAUUGACGGUUUUAGACAUAACAGUUGAACGUACAUAAACUUUUCAACACACACCUGAAGCUCUUGUCUUG